CAGUCCCUGUGUGUGAUGAGGAGGUGCUGCAGCCUCAGACGGACUUCAUUCCGUCCUCGGGCUCAGUGAAGGUUCAGACCGCCACGCGCUGCUGGAGUUCAUGACGGGGAAUAAGUUUCAAUCUGAAGGAAUAUUUUUCUGUGUUUUAUUUAUUUAUUCCCACGCAGAAACAGCAGACACGAGACAUCUGAAAUCCUGAAGCAGAAAGGUAACAGGUACCUGAAAGUUUUGUUUUUUUUUUGUUGCAAGGAAUAAACAGACCGAGACUUCAGGUGGAUUUUACGCAUCAGGUUCCACGCUGCAGAAACUGGACACUCCUGCUCAUUCACUUUGAUUUUCAUGGACAGUUUUUAAUUCUCCACUUUUCCAGCUGUGCGCCUCAUGAUGCGACUUUUUCUGCCUUUUGUGAGCUUUGAAGGAGACGCAGAGUCAGUCAAAAUGUUCCAGGGUCGUUAAAUUUAUUGGAACGUGACCACCGGAGAUGAACUUUCUCCGUAAUGAUUGCGCGAGCUCUGGUGAAUGAUUGACAGCAGAGGCUCGACCUGUUGCUCUCUGGACCCUUUCUGGAUUUGCCGUCUGGAGUUCAACCUGUUCGGUUUUCAUCAUAAAGAACAUAAAGAGGCUGAAAGCUGCUUUUUCUCUCAGGUGCAGGAUGAAAUUUGGACAUGAAGGUUCAGUUCUCUGAGAUGGACUCAAAUUAAAGAAGCUCCACUUUUCAUUUUCUUCUUUUAAAGACUCUAAAUUGAUUAUUCUGAUCAUGGCAUCAUUGUGGUGCAGCCUGGUGUCCCUCCUGCUUCUGCUGCUCCUCUGGGGUCCUGAUCUCACUUCAGGAGCCUCCAAGGACCUGGUGUGUGAGCCUAUCACUGUUCCCAUGUGCAGGGGAAUCGGCUACAACCUGACCUACAUGCCCAAUCAGUUCAACCACGACACGCAAGAGGAGGUUGGGCUGGAGGUCCACCAGUUCUGGCCCCUAGUCCGGAUCAGGUGCUCACCGGACCUGCUGUUCUUCCUCUGCAGCAUGUACACUCCGAUCUGUCUGCCAGACUACCGCAAGCCUCUACCCCCGUGCCGGUCUGUGUGUGAGCGGGCCAAACGAGGAUGCUCCCCUCUCAUGAGUCAGUACGGCUUUGAGUGGCCUGAGAGGAUGAGCUGUGAACAGCUGCCUCAGCAGGGCGACGACAUCCUGUGCAUGGACCAGAACAGCAGCGAGACCACCACCCUGGCUCCACUCUUCCCAAAGCCUACAUCUAAAGGCCGGACCAGACCUCCAAGUCCACCUCAGUGUGAUAGGGAGUGUCGCUGUCGAGACCCUCUUGUUCCCAUCAAGAGGGAGUCCCACACCCUGUACGGCCAAGUCCAAACCGGCCCCCUUCCUAACUGCGCCCAGCCCUGCCACCAGCCGUACUUCUCAGCUGACGAGCGAGCCUUCACCAGCUUCUGGAUCGGACUCUGGUCUGUGCUGUGCUUCAUCUCCACCUUGACCACCGUCGCCACAUUCCUCAUCGACAUGGAGCGCUUCAAGUACCCGGAGCGGCCCAUCAUCUUCCUGGCCGCCUGCUACCUCUUUGUGUCUCUGGGCUACAUCAUCCGCCUGGUGGCCGGCCAUGAGCGAGUGGCGUGCGGUUCCAGCAGCAGCAUUGGUGGCGACCAGUUGCACAUCCUGUAUGACACCACCGGGCCGGCGCUCUGCACCCUCGUCUUCUUGUUGGUGUACUUCUUCGGCAUGGCGAGCUCCAUCUGGUGGGUGGUGCUGUCCUUCACCUGGUUCCUGGCUGCAGGCAUGAAGUGGGGCAGCGAGGCCAUCGCGGGGUACUCUCAGUACUUCCACCUUGCAGCCUGGCUCAUCCCCAGUGUCAAGACCAUCGUGGUCCUGGCUCUCAGCUCUGUGGACGGGGACCCUGUGGCUGGAAUUUGCUACGUGGGGAACCAGAGUCUGGAGAACCUGAGGGGAUUUGUUCUGGCCCCUCUUGUGGUUUACCUCUUCACCGGCUCUCUUUUCCUGCUGGCUGGAUUUGUUUCACUCUUCCGCAUCAGGAGCAUCAUCAAGCAAGGCGGCACCAAGACGGACAAACUGGAGCGGUUGAUGAUCCGCAUCGGGCUCUUCACGGUUCUGUACACCGUCCCUGCUACCAUCGUGGUGGCCUGCCUGGUCUACGAGCAGCACUACCGGCCUGGUUGGGAGCGAGCCCUGGCCUGCAUGUGUCUCUCUGAGCGACAGCGUUUGGGCAUAGGCCCGGACUACGCGGUCUUCAUGCUCAAGUACUUCAUGUGCCUUGUGGUGGGAAUCACCUCAGGAGUCUGGAUUUGGUCAGGGAAGACCUUGGAGUCCUGGAGGAGGUUUGUAGCUCGAUGCUGCCCCUGCUGGCAUCAGAAAGCAACAGCUCCCCCCUCCAUGUACAGUGAGGUCAGUACUGCUUUAACUGGUCACACUGGAACUGGGCUGACGUCAGGGAUGUACCAUAAAGCUGCUCCGUCACAUAUAUGAACUGACUGACAAAUAGGGACCAUGUUUCAGGAGGACCCGGGUUUGUUGUGAACUCUCUGAACCCCUCAGAAAUAACACCAGAGUGUGAGUACGGACAAACAUCAGCAGAACCAUGUGAACGUGUGUUGCUCUGAAUUUCCAGAAAACUAGACGACUGUAUGAAAAGGAAAACGCACCAAAAGAUUCAGAGACUAAAAAGGGAAAAUUUUAUACAAACACGAGUCUGUGUUUUAAAGAAACCGACUCAAAAGCUUGAAACUCGUGAAAGAUGGAAAAUAUUUGACUGAACAUUUACUGGAAAAACAUUCUUCAAACCUCAGAGUAUCAUGGAUCCAAAAAAGGAAAUACACGUCCUUUUUCACAUCUGUUAUCCUGAGCAGAGAGAGAAACAUAUUUAUUUUUGUACAUAGUGUAAAAACUUGCUGUAAAAAGUAUAAAUUAGGUGUGUAGUGUGAUAUUUUUUAGUUUCCAAACAACCAAUGUCACUGCCACAAACUCGAGUACGACACAAGAGGAACACAUCUUGUGUGAUUGUAUAAACUUGUACAAAAAUGUGACCGUGUAAUGUCCGUGUUUGAGUUUGAUAUCAGGUGUGUUUUGUGUGAUCACAAAGAGAGAAAUUGUCGAGGUCGUCUGACACGUAGAAGUGAAACAAAAAGGAUUUAAUUUUCAUCAGAGGAGUAUUAAGACCUCUGUUGUCCGGCUCCAUCACAUUUAAAGACACUACAGUGUGUUUGUGAAGAGAGCGUCUGUCUGGUCCGUGUUGUUUGAACUGACAUGACUGAUCAGGUUGAAGCAGCAGGAGGACAAUGAGUGGCUUUUACCCCCACCUGCUGGUUCACAGUGGAGCUGCACACUGUUCCCCACAUCAAGAGCCCCAUAGAGAACCUCAUCAGACCACAGACCCUGACAGUAACAACAUUAUUCAAGAUUGUCUGUGAAAUGGUGUUAUAAAAAAUAGUGUUACCUGAUCGAAAAUGGCCUAUAAAAAUGUGUCCUUAAGAAUUUUUAACUUCUUUAAGGUUAUUUUUUAACUCCCCUGCCCUGCCUUCUCUGAUACUAACUCAGGGACCACUAGGUUCCAGGACCUCACUUUGAGAACCACAAUUCUUGCUUAACAGGCAGAUGUCUGCUAUUAUUUUUUUCAGUCACAGCUCUGUUUUAUCAAAGAACUAACUCAAAUACUCAACUUCUAUAGAAAACUGAUGAAGAUGUUUUCAGCCUCUCUAAUGUAGGAAUUUGAGGCCUUCUCUUUUUUAACCACAUGUAUCAUCUUUCAUCAUAAUAGAGUGAUAACAUUCACUCUUUAGCAGUUCUUAACAAAGCCCCUCCAUCUCAUUAAACAAGGUGAAGUUAAAUUUAACAUGAAUAGCUUGCAGUUUGAAAUCCAGAAGAAUAAUGUUUUUUAAAUUAAAAAGAAAUGUUGAUUUUUUUUGUUGAUUUUCGUCAAUUUUCACUCACACAAAAAUCAACUUCAUACAAACAUGUAAAGAUUGUCUAGUCAGCUAAAUACAGCUACAGGUGCCCAUCUUUGUUUAAACUGUGUUAUCACUUCCUCCAUUAUAAUCCACGUCUCAGUCUGUUAGUCCAUCAUUCCACUGUUGGAUGUUGAUUUUGCAUCCACUAGAUAGUUGUCAUUUUCCUGCUGCUCAUCCCUUUUCUUAGAAACACUGUGAGCUUCAUGUUUCUUGCAUCUUUCUUUUUGGACUCCUGAUCGAUGGAAACAAUCCCUUUUUAGGAGUCAAGUUAAGCUUGCUUCAUAAAUGUGAUAUUCAAUAAAGAAAUCAGAUGACUAGACGAUGUAAUAACAUUUCUACUGUGUAACUUAAGUGAUUCUCAAACUAUAUUUUGACCCACUACAUCAUUGUUAUGUUAUUUGAACAACAUGACUUCCAUUUGAGUGUCUUUAUCUGGUUAAAAUUCCCCCUUUCAGCUGCAAGGUUUGCAGAAAUAUUCGUUUUAGUGAUGCUUUUUUAAAAACAUGCUAAAUGUUAAUGAGCUUAAAUUAAUUAAAUAUGAAACAACAUAUUUGCAGGCUUCACCCUCAAAGUUUUGAGGACGUUGGGUGGACAAAAGAAACAUUUUAAAGACCACCUUUUAACAUUUCUUUCUUUUUGAUAACAGACGAUCACUGGAGUACUCUGAGAACUCCUUGCUUUUCAUCACUUUUAUAAAUCAGAAUCUUAGUGUUAGGGGUCUGUGGUCUUGUGGGGAUCAUCUGGGUGGAUUUCAAUGUCAAAAUGACCGAAUGUAUGAAAUGUUUGAACUUUGUUUUAAAGAAGUUAAUUUAAGCGUUUGAUUUCCCCCCUUCUCUCCCUGCUGUGAUGUGUUCAUUCAGUGUUGUUGGUCAGCUGUGUUGUUAAGACUACUGCGCGUCUGCAUGCUAGAUCCUUCUAAUUUAUUAGCCUGCUGUGAGAGUGAAUGUGAACGUGUGAGUGAGGUGAAGUGUCUGUCAAACUGACACUCAGGUUUAUGUGUUGGAGUGAGAAUCUGCUGUCAUGUUGAUAGAGUUCCUAAAAGGAUGUACAGAUAUUGUAGAGUUUGAUUCAUAUUGUGGAAUUAAAACUGAGUUGAACCUGAA